AAAACCAGCAACCGCAUCUAAGGACUCUCGUAAACGAGUUCUCUUGCACAUCGGCAUUGUGUGCGUUUCUCUAACAAAAAUUAGACCAUUCUGUAUAUCUAUCUGUAAAAAAAAGUGUUACCAUGUUUUGUAAGAUGUCUAUGAGUUUACUCGGUAUAGCAUUUCUUUUCUUAAUCCUUGUUGCGGACGGUGAAGCUCAAUUAAAUUUUUCUACCGGAUGGGGUCAAGGUAAAAGGAGUCAAGAUAUGCGAAUUAGAUCGAGUAAUAUGGAUUGUUCGUCGCAAGGUGCAUCGCUGGAACAAUUAUUAAAGUUAUAUUCGUUUAUUCAGAUGGAAGCUCAAAGGAUCUUGGAUUGCCAAACCUUGAACAAGUGAACCAGGAAAGUGUCAUUGGUCUUAUCAAAAUCUGAUUUGUGCCAGAAUAUAUUGUCAGCUUAAAUUAAAAUAAUGCAAUUUGAAUGAGUCGCUAUAUAUCUUAUAAUUUUCUUCCUAAUGCGCAGAUAACAGAUUAGCGUA